GGCCCACUGACAAUGUCUCUAGUAACUUAAGGGGGACGACGUCGUUAGGGGUUUGGUUUCGUCUUUCCAAGUUCCAAGAGUGUGGGAAGGGUUUUCCAAAUUCGCAGAAUUGUACCAAUCAGUGGCGGCUAUCAACUUUACUAGGUCAGGGAAAUUAAACCCAGUUCUUUGCUAUGGAAGUUGGGGCAGAUUCUGUAGAUAGCUCCCUUGUUCUGGUGAAGCAAGGAGCUGAAGCUAGGGUUUUUGAGUCAACCUUUGUGGGAAGGAGGUCUAUUGUCAAGGAACGGUUUUCGAAGAAGUACAGGCAUCCUACUUUGGAUGCAAAACUCACACUCAGGCGCCUCAAUGCGGAGGCGAGGUGCAUGACGAAAGCAAGACGGCUUGGGGUGCAUACUCCGGUGCUUUACGCUGUGGACACUGUGCUGCAUACCCUGACAUUUGAAUAUGUGGAGGGGCCUUCUGUAAAAGAUGUGUUUCUUGAGUUUGGGUUAGGAGGUGGUCGUGUGGCUGCGGAACGUAUGGAUGAUAUUGCAAUGCAGAUUGGUCAGGCUAUUGGAAAGCUGCAUGAUGGUGGCCUAAUUCAUGGGGACUUGACCACAUCUAACCUGCUAAUUAGAGCUGCUACUAAUCAAGUGGUUGUUAUUGAUUUCGGUUUGAGCUCUACAUCAACCCUUCCAGAAGAUAAAGCUGUGGAUUUGUAUGUACUGGAACGAGCUUUGCUCUCGAUGCAUUCUUCGUGUGGGAAUGUGAUGGAUCGCAUACUUGCUGCAUAUCGCAAAUCCUCAAAGCAGUGGUCAUCCACUUUUAACAAAUUAGCUCAAGUGAGACAACGAGGCCGAAAGCGCACCAUGAUUGGAUGAAAUCAUCGGAACUCCAUCGGUCAUCAUUUGUAUUAGCUUAACCAAAAGAGGAGUCUUCUCUGGGUAAUAUCUGUGUUAUGUAGUGUUGCAAAAUAUGAGCAUGUCAUGUAACCUACAAGUUACCUAUUGGAAUGUAUUGUAAAACCGGCCACUGCCAUUGAUCAGAAGAGUAUGCAAUUGUAUUCUGUUGAAAAUUUUAAGUUGGUUCUUUA